CUCGACGGAAUUCCGCGCCGGCUGAUCGCACACGGGGAAGCACGGCGGCCCAAUGGCGUCCCUCCCCGCGCCGCCCGCGCCGCUUGGAUCCUGCCCCCGCGGCGUGGUCGUCCCGCCUUCCCGCCGCUCGCUCCGUCGGUGCGGUACGGGCCUCGCCCGCGCCGGCGCCGCGCGUUCGUGGUACCGCUUCCGGACCGACGACGACGGCGUGGUGGACGUGGCGGUCUCCGGGGAGGAGCGGGACGGCGGGGGAGGGGGUUACGCGGUGUCCGUCGAGGUGCCGCGCCUGCCUGGCGCUCGCGGGCGGGAGGGCGGGCUAGUGCUCCGCGCCUCGGGGUCCGGCGAGGGCGUCCCGCUGGCGCCGGCCGCUGGCGGGGCAUCCCUCGCGGCCGAGCUCUCCUUCGACGCGCCCCGCGCGCCCUUCUACCUCUCGUUCCUGCUGACCGAUGCGGCGGGGGCGGAGAUACUGACGCACCGCAAGACGAGCUUCCGCGUGCCGGUCGGCGUCGGGCCGGGCAGCCCGGCGCCGCUCGGCAUGUCCAUCUCCGGCGACGGGGCCGUCAACUUCGCGGUCUAUAGCAAGAAUGCCAAUGCCGUUUCUCUCUACCUCUACGCCAGCGGCGGCGGCGGCGAGCCCGCGCUGGAGAUCGACCUUGACCCGUACGUCCACCGAACUGGCAGUGUCUGGCAUGUCUCUCUGGCUAGCGUCGAGGGGUACGCCAGCUAUGCCUUCUGCUGCGGUGGCAUCCGCCGCCCGCUGUUGGACCCCUACGCCAAGGUGAUCGGCGACUUCGUCGCUGGCAACUCUGUUUACGACGAGGGUGUCACUGCGCCGUCGAUGAGGUGCUUCGCUUCGUUGGCGAGUGUGCCGAGCUACAAUUGGGGCAGGGCCAGGCACCCACGUCUGCCAUUGGAGAAGCUCGUGGUGUACCGGGCAAAUGUGGCUUUGUUCACAAAGGACAAGUCGAGUGGUCUUCCGGAUGAUGCUGCCGGCACUUUCUCUGGAUUUUGUGCAAAGAUAGAACAUUUCAGGAGCCUUGGUGUCAAUGCAAUUUUGCUGGAACCAGUGUUCCCAUUUCAUCAGGUGAAAGGACCUUAUUUCCCGUACCAUUUCUUUUCGCCAAUGAACUUGUAUAGCAGUGAAGGUUCUAGUGUUUCAGCUAUCAAUUCUAUGAAGGAUAUAGUUAAGGCAAUGCAUAAAAAUGGAAUAGAGGUCCUCUUGGAGGUGGUUUUUACACACACUGCUGAAGGAGAAUCGGAGUGUCAGACGAUAUCAAUGCGUGGCAUUGACAAUCCCUCGUAUUACAUUGCCAAUGGGAUGGCCGGAUGCAAAGCAAGUGUAUUGAAUUGCAAUCAGCCCGUGACUCAGAGGCUGAUUUUGGACAGUCUCCGUCAUUGGGUGCUUGAUUUCCAUGUUGAUGGGUUUUGCUUCAUCAAUGCCCCUUUCCUUCUCAGAGAUCCGGGUGGUGAAUAUUUAUCUCGUCCACCCCUUCUUGAGGCAAUAGCUUUUGACCCAGUUCUUUCCGAUACAAAGAUCAUUGCAGAUCCUUGGUCUCCACUCGACAUAUCCAACGUGCAAUUUCUGUUCCCUCACUGGAAAAGAUGGGCUGAGAUGAACACUAGAUUCUCUAUUGAUGUGCGCAAAUUUUUGAAGAGAGAAGCACUUAUUAGUGAUCUUGCUACACGUUUGUGUGGCAGUGGAGACCUAUUCUCCACCAGAGGUCCAGCAUUUUCGUUCAAUUAUGUAUCAAGGAAUUCAGGACUCUCUCUUGUUGAUUUGGUGAGUUUCAGCAAUGAUGAUCUUGCCUCUGAGUCAAGCUGGAAUUGUGGUGAAGAAGGUCCAUCGGAGAACAAUGUGGUCCUUCAGACAAGGCUAAGGCAGAUACGCAACUUCUUAUUUAUUCUAUUUGUGUCUCUUGGUGUUCCUGUCCUGAACAUGGGAGAUGAGUGCGGGCACUCCGCUGCUGGUUCAGUAUCAUACAAGGAUAGAGGGCCUCUGAACUGGAGAGGCAUGAUGACCACUUUUGUUAAGGAAAUUACUGGAUUCAUUUCGUUUCUAACUGCACUCAGGAGUCGGCGAGGCGAUAUCUUUCAGAGAAGGGAAUUCCUAAAACUCGAGAAUAUACAUUGGUACGGGAGUGAUCUAUCUGAACCAGGAUGGGAUGAUCCAACCAGCAACUUCCUUUGCAUGCACAUAAAUGCUGAGGUUGAUGAAAUGGCGGCAGAUUCAGUCAGAGGCGACCUGUACAUCUGUUUCAAUGCAAACGAGGAAUCAAUGAGUGCUACCUUGCCUGCUCUUGCAGAAGGAUCCAUCUGGUUACGCUUGGUUGAUACAUCACUUGCAUUUCCAGGUUUCUUUGCAACCGAAUGUAACCCUAAAGUGCAACAAAUGCUAGGAUUAUCCUCUUAUCAUGUGGAAGGGCACACGUGUGUCUUGUUUGAAUCAAAGAGGGCUCUUGCCUAGUUUUCUGCAGUCAACAUAAAGGUCACAGUCCUAAGAUAAGUACAAAUUUUGUGUAUACCUACUGUCAGAAACCUGCGGUCCCAAUAAGUUACAGCCCAUUGUAUAUGAGAAUGCUAAUAAUAAUUAUAAUAAAAUGUACCAUUUCCC